AGGAUGCCCUUUGGAAUUUAAAACAAACAGGAGGCGAGGAAUGGAAUUAAAAUAAAUUGGAGACUUACUCAUAAAAAUAAAAAUAAAAAUCAAGACUUUGUGAUCGUAAGCAUGAACGACAAUCGGCCCUAUUGAAAUGUCCGUCUAGCAUGCUCUUUUCGUGUGGGAAGUAUAAGAUCCGAUGUAUAUACAACUCACAUGAGAGAAAUCGGUAGCAAAAUAUGGGUGAAAUUAUGCUGCAAUGGAGUAUGAUUCGAUCCAUAAUCGCCAUCCUUCAAUGGUGGUUCUUCAAUGUCGCUGUAAUCAUCAUGAACAAGUGGAUCUUUCAGAAGCUGGACUUUAAGUUUCCUCUCACAGUAUCUUGCACACACUUUAUUUGCUCGGCUAUUGGGGCAUAUUUAGUAAUUAAAGUCUUAAAGCUUAAGCCACUUAUUGUUGUCGACCGUGAGGAUCGCUGGAGAAGGAUUUUUCCCAUGUCAGUUGUGUUCUGUAUCAACAUUGUCUUGGGGAAUGUUAGCUUGAGAUACAUACCUGUUUCCUUUAUGCAAACCAUAAAGUCAUUUACCCCUGCAACCACAGUAAUUUUGCAGUGGCUAGUAUGGGGAAAACACUUCGACAGUAGAAUCUGGGCUUCUUUGAUUCCCAUUGUUGGAGGAAUUCUCCUAACAUCUAUUACCGAGCUUAGUUUUAAUGUAUUUGGGUUCUGUGCUGCAUUAGUUGGUUGUCUUGCCACUUCAACCAAAACUAUUCUUGCGGAGUCUUUACUGCAUGGCUACAAGUUUGACAGCAUAAAUACGGUGUUCUACAUGGCUCCUUUUGCAACUAUGAUCUUGGCAGUACCAGCCUUACUAUUAGAAGGAUCAGGGGUUAUUGGAUGGUUCAACACACACCCCACACUUUUUUCAUCGUGUGUUAUCAUAAUUGGCUCCGGAGUGCUAGCAUUCUGUCUGAACUUCUCGAUCUUCUAUGUCAUCCAUUCUACAACUGCUGUCACGUUUAAUGUUGCUGGAAACCUUAAGGUCGCAGUUGCGGUUACUUGCUCGUGGUUGAUAUUCAGAAACCCCAUCUCAGCGUUGAACGCCAUUGGCUGCGCAGUGACACUGGUCGGCUGUACUUUCUAUGGGUACAUAAGGCAGAUGAUCUCACAGCAAGCGCAGGAAACUCCGCGCACUCCGCGGACCCCAAGGAGCAAGUUGGAGUCUAUUCCGCUGGUGGUGGUUGAGAAACCAGACAAUGACAAAGACUAAUACUGGAAGGGGGGGGGGGCACAAUGAAUGAGAUAUGCUUUUGUAGGAGACUCUCUGCUUUUACUCUUCUGUGUAAUACUCAUAAGAGUAAUUCUUCAAUUAGGUUAGUUUUGGGAGCUUAAUUGAUUUUCCUGUUUCAAAUCUUGUAUUUUUGCUUUGCUUGAAUAUUUUACUAAUAUAUAUAUAUGAACGAUUGAUUCAUCGAGUUCAAAGUAUGGG